UUCUAUUUCCUCCUCCCAAGUCCUAGAACGUGUGUAAUGUGUAUAGUGCUGCGUUGGGAAGCAGCCAGGGGUUAGGUACAGAGCUGUUGCAUAUUUAUUUCAGGCCCACCAAGCUCAGAAUCAGCGCCCAGUUCAGAGUCGAAUACGAGAGAGAGAGAGAGAGAGAGAGAGCGAGGAAAAAUGGAUCCAAAAGAGGUUGAAAUUCCAGGGAAUUCCGACCCAAACCAACCCGGUGGUCGAAUAUCUCAUUUGGCUCUGGAUAUCGGAGGUUCUCUCAUUAAGUUGGUGUAUUUCUCAACGAAUUAUGACGCUGAUGAUGAGGUGGGGAGGUCGGGAAAGAAAAGUCUUGGGGUUCCUAAUGGUAAUAGGGACUAUCCAGUUCUCAAAGGGAGGCUCCAUUUUGUGAAGUUCGAAACGAGCAAGAUCAAUGAUUGCUUAGAUUUUAUACAAACCAAGCAGCUUCAUCUUGGUGGAUACCAGAAUCUUGAGGCUCCUCCAACUGACAAGAGCAUAAUUAAGGCCACAGGCGGUGGGGCAUACAAGUAUGCGGAUCUCUUCAAAGAAAAGCUUGGCAUCAGUCUUGACAAGGAGGAUGAAAUGGACUGUCUUGUUGGUGGAAUUAACUUUUUACUUAAGGCAGUUCAUCAAGAAGCAUUUACAUACAUGGAAGGGCAGAAGGAGUUUGUGCAGAUUGACCAUAAUGAUUUGUACCCCUACCUCCUCGUUAAUAUCGGGUCUGGUGUCAGCAUGCUCAAGGUGGAUGGAGACGGGAAGUUUGAGCGUGUGAGUGGAACAAGUGUUGGUGGUGGCACUUUUUGGGGUUUGGGAAGGCUCUUAACAAAUUGCAAGAGUUUUGAUGAGUUGCUGAAAUUAAGUCAUCAGGGAAAUAAUAGAGUGAUAGACAUGCUUGUUGGGGACAUCUUUGGUGGAAUGGACUAUUCAAAGAUUGGCCUUUCAUCAACAACUAUUGCUUCUAGCUUUGGCAAGGCAAUUUCUGAUAAUAAAGAACUUGAAGAUUACAGACCCGAGGAUCUUGCCCGGUCACUCUUAAGAAUGAUUUCAAAUAACAUUGGACAGAUCUCCUACUUGAAUGCACUCCGAUUUGGGCUCAAGCGGAUAUUUUUUGGAGGAUUUUUUAUUCGGGGUCACACUUAUACCAUGGACACAAUUUCGGUUGCAGUUCACUUCUGGUCUAAAGGUGAGGCUAAAGCAAUGUUUUUGCGGCAUGAAGGAUUUCUUGGAGCAUUGGGUGCCUUCAGGAGCUAUGAAAAGCAUGGUCUUGAUGACACGAUGGUCCAUCGGUUAAUGCGGCCAUUCCCAACCACUGCUUGCCUUGCAGGAGAUAAGAUAUGUAGCCCACCAAAUGGGGAAUUGAAUGAGAAUGAUAGUAUAGAGUUUAGUGUCUAUGCAUCUUAAAUUUGAAGCGGUUUCUUCUCAAGGGCAUAGAUACAGGACGCUGGACAAGGCAAUGCUUGGUUGCCUGGGUGCACUCUCAGUGAGUCGAAGACUCGAAAUUUGUGUAAUAUGUGUAACAUAGCAAAAAAUAUUGUAGGAAAAAUAUCUGAAAAGGAAAAUCAAGUGGACAGAGAGAGUAACAACUCAUACCUGAACAAUAUGUUAGUUCCCUGAUUGUCUUUUAACCAGCCGUGUCUAUAUUUUUUAGUAUUCCAACAUAUUGUAACUUUUGAUACUUUAACAAAAUUAAUAUCUUACUGUAA